CAUUUGGUCAGCUGAUCUAAACACGGAAGCAGUGCGGCGGUUCCGUGUGGAUCUUCAGCAAGUGAACUGAGUCAAACGAGACUCGUUCUCACAGAAAUGUGUCCAUUACUGCCGUUUUAUACCUUUGUGGGUUAAUUUAAAGCCUUGUUGUAACAGAAAACACAUUUUAUCUGUGACCGACGUGACAGGACGGUACCGUAAACCUGAGCGUUUGUAAAUUCUUGCUUUUGGGAGAACGACUCCUGCGGCUCUUUGAAUCCUUCAUGCAUCUGCGGGGCGAGCAGCGCCGCACGCCAUGAUCAAGGUGUUCCGCAGUCCGGGCCGCCAUGGCUACGCCGUGGAGGCGUCGCCGUUCCUCCCCAACAGGGUGGCCUGCGCCGCUUCCCAGUACUACGGGAUCACAGGUUGUGGCACGCUGCUGGUCCUCGACGAGACUCCCAGAGGACUGGUUUCAGUCAGGAGCUGGGAGUGGGGAGACGGCCUGUUUGACGUCGCGUGGAGCGAGGCCAACGAGCACCUGCUGGUGGCGGGAGGCGGAGACGGCAGCUUGCAGCUGUGGGACACAGCCAAUCAGCACGCACCGCUGAAAGUGGCCAAAGAACACACGCAGGAAGUGUACAGUGUGAGCUGGAGUCAGACGCGAGGGGAGAACCUCAUCGUCUCCGGGUCGUGGGAUCACACGGUCAAAGUGUGGGAUCCUUCUCUUAGCAGAUCGCUGACCACACUCAGGGGUCACGAAGGAGUCGUCUACAGCACCAUCUGGUCGCCUCAUAUCCCAGGAUGCAUUGCCUCGGCCUCAGGCGACGGGACGCUCAGGAUUUGGGACGUGAAAGCCGCCGUCUGCAGAUUGGCUGUUCCUGCACACCAGGCUGAGAUCCUCGCGUGUGAUUGGUGCAAAUAUGACCAGAACAUUGUGGCCACAGGUUCAGUGGACUGCAGCAUCAACGUGUGGGACCUGAGGAACAUCCGCCAGCCUGUCAAUCACCUGCUGGGACACACCUACGCCAUCCGCAGACUCAAGUUCUCUCCGUUCAGUCAGACGGUGUUGGCCUCCUGCUCGUACGACUUCACGGUCAGGUUCUGGGACUUCGGCAUGAAUCCUCCUCUUCUGGACACUGUGGAGCAUCACUCUGAGUUUGUCUGUGGAUUAGAUUUUAAUCUGCAUAUUCCCAACCAGGUGGUGGACUGUUCCUGGGACGAGACGGUGAAGAUCUAUGCUCCCGCCUGCCUCUCGGCUGGAAGCUCUGCAGCUCAGGGAGCGCAGGCCGAUGACUGAGCUGCUGCUGCUGAGCUUUAGUGCAGAGCGUCAGGAGGUUCUGAGCAUCACCUCCCAUGAGGAACGGAGGGGAGAACCAACACAAAAGAGGAUCAAGGUGGAACGCCACAGAGAUUCCCUUUGACUGGGAGCUGAAUCCCAAAAGGAUUUUUCCUCCUCUGUAUAUCAACAUUGGAGACACCUCAAACUAACCUUUGAUAUUUAGAGUCUUUUAAUUGAAAUGAUAAUCUGUAACAGACUGGAAUGUAAUGUUUUGAGAGAUUGAACAAUAAAGUUUUGUGUUUUUGAUUGUA